AAUCGACCACGACCUUUGCAAAUAACCCCGUCGCGACGAGAGAAGAACACCGCAACGACUCCGGAGACUGCCGCACAACGACACCAUGGACGACUUCGCGAGCGACACCGAUAGCGAUUACACAAGUUACUGGCGAGACUGGUUCAUAUCAUCACGGGGCAAUGAGUACUUCUGCGAGAUCGACGAAGACUACCUGACGGAUCGCUUCAAUCUGACUGGACUAAAUACGGAAGUCCAGUACUAUCAAUAUGCCCUCGACUUGGUCACCGAUGUCUUCGAUAUGGAAGUGGACGACGACAUGCGAGAACAAAUAGAGAAGAGCGCCAGGCAUCUUUACGGACUUGUACAUGCUCGUUAUGUGGUGACGACUAGAGGGCUCGCCAAGAUGAUGGAGAAGUACAAACAAGGCGUCUUCGGCAAAUGUCCGCGAGUGAUCUGCGAAUCCCAACAUCUCCUCCCAAUGGGCCAACACGACGUACCCAACACCUCGCACGUGAAACUCUACUGUGCCAAAUGUGAGGACAUAUACAAUCCCAAAUCUUCCCGCCACAACUCAAUCGACGGCGCCUACUUCGGCACCAGUUUCCACAACAUUCUCUUUCAAGUCUACCCGGCGCUGCAACCGCAGAAGACACAGCGUCGAUACGAGCCGCGGAUCUACGGCUUUCGCGUCCAUGCCAGCGCGGCGCUGAUGAGGUGGCAGGAGGAGAGGAGAGAGGAGAUGAAGGAUCGUCUGAGGGCGAGAGCAAUUGAGACAGGGUUUGAGGAUGAGGAUGAGGGCGAGGAGGAGAUUGAGAGUGAGGAGGAUGAGGUCGAUGAGGAGCAGGAUGGGAUCGAUGAUAUGUUUGAGGGCAACGCGCGGAUGCAGGCGGUGCAAUGA